AACCCAACACAGGGAAACACCUAUACAUACUCUUUCACACACAUACACUACGGCCAAUUUAGCUUAUUUAAUUCACCUGUACUGCAUGUCUUUGGACUGUGGGGGAAACCGGAGCACUCGGAGGAAACCCACGCCAACACGGGGAGAACAUGCAAAUUCUGUGCAAACACACAGAAAUGAACUAAUGAACUAAAAAGAAAAUCAAUAAAUACCUCAGGCCUAAUCUUACAAGUGACUAUUUUAGUAAGUGAUUUUUUUUCUUCCAUACAGUACAUAUCUAAAAUCACAAGAGCUUGAUACGUUUUGUCACAUAAAACUAUGUCCUCUGGUGACACUAUAUGCUAAUUUUAAAUGAGGUAAUUCUAUGAAAUACUUUAAAUAGUUGAAGGACCCCGUUGAAGAUAUUUUGACUGAAGCCCAUGAUCUGUUAAGUUUUCAUCUCAGAAAUAUUCACAUAUUUAACUUUUUCGGAAGUUUUAAAAAUUAUUAUUAUUAUUUUUUUUUUCCUUUGCCGUGACACCCCAAUUUAUUAAAAAUGACCAAAAAGUCCGACAAGUUAUGGAGGAAAAUAACAAAUUCAUAAUUUUAUACAAAAAGUAAAAUCGAUUUCACAAUAUUUGUAUAUUAUUAAAAGCUGUUUUUCCUAAUUUUUACUGUCACACCAGGACAUAUUUAAAGUACAAUUCUGUAAAAAAAAAAUGCUGUGAAUUAAUUUUAUAAAGAGAGUGACCCACACUCAAAAAAGAAUAUUUUGCUUGUUCAAACUACUUAUGUAAAUUGAGCUGAAACAUUCUGAGGUUUUUUUUUUGUUCAAUCAGUUAAUUGUUUUUUGUUGGGACAACAGGAAUGAAUUGUGUGGAACCCAGCAUUUUUUUGUGCAUUAUAUUUUCUCAAACAUCAGACUAUACUGUUUAUUAAAAUAAAUCUUUAAAAAUAGUGUUUAGCAAAAAAGAUAGCAUUUUUACUGCCUAUUUAUACAUUCAAAAUAUGUGUAGAGAAUUUUAACUCCUUCAGGAGGUACAGUUGAAGUCAGGCUAGUAAUUUUGACCUUAAAAUGAUUCUUUAAAAAUUAAGAACUGCUUUUAUUCUGGCCGAAAUAAAACAAAUAAGACUUUCUUUAGAAGAAAAUAAAUUUUUGAAAAUACUGUGAAAAAUUCCUUGCUCAGUUAAACAUCAUUUAAGAAAUAUUAAGAAAAGAAAAAAAAAUUCAAAUGGGGGGCUAAUAAUUCUGACUUCAACUGUAUCUGUAUAUGUAUCUCAUGAUGAAAAUUAAUUAUCUGAUGACUGACCUGGAUGUCAUUUUGCCCUAUUUUUAGAAUACUUUAGAACAUUAGUGCACUUCAGAAUAUUCUUAACAGACCCAGAACAAGAUGCUUCCAGAGCACUUGAAGAAUCCCCUCCCUUCACUCCCAAGUCCCUACCUUUCCCCUAAACAGAUUACUCAGGAGUUAAAGGAGCCUGCACCGCUCUCUGUGAGGCUUAGAGCCGCAGAGGAAACAGAUGGGAUAAGAAAACCAGGGGAUCUAAUUACAGAGGCUUAAUCAGCAAUCCAAGGCCCGUCCAGUUUCUAGCCACUGCCCACGGCUUUUUCUUUCCCUAUUAGAUGUGUUUGUUUCAGGGUUUGAAGACGACUGUUUAACAUGGAGAAAGAGGAAGAGGACGAUGAAAUCUUUACAGCAACUCAAGGAGAAUAUGAAGGGAGAGAAGAUGAGGAGGAGCAGGAGGAAGAGGAGGAAGACGAACAAGAGGAAGAGGAGCCGGAGGCCGAGAGGAAGAGCAGUUGGGAUAUCCCCAUACCAAGUCGAUCGCUGGCCAGUCGCAGGGCUUCACUUCCAUGCCCGGCUCAGCUGAAAGCGAUGCACCUGAGUCGCAUGCACUCUGCUGCCGUGAUCCCAAGUCCAGCUUUCCUGAGCCACUGUCUCCAGAGCAGCGCAGCGCGGCCGUGCUCUCGCUUUAGUCAUGUUGGCAAAAACGAGGAGACCGCACACACCAAGAGCAGCUUAUAUGUACGACAGCCGCACACCAUCUCUACCAUCCCAGAAGUGCACGAGCCUCUGGAGAGAAAAGCAAGAUUUAGGAGCCGCAAUGUCAUGUCUAUGAGUGAUGCGGACAGUUUGUGUUUAAUCUGCCAUGGCGACCUUCGCAAAGAAGGAGGCGUGAUCAGAGAGCUUCACUGCUCCCACAGCUUCCACAGUGAGUGUAUAGAGGAGUGGUUGUGGUCCAAGCAGUCCUGUCCCACAUGUCAUAAACAUGUUGCCAUGCCUGAACCGCUGUAUUGGACAUCCACCAGAGUAAUAGUGCCCUAAACCUGUCCAGUAAACACUCAAACAACACUGGACAUCAGCUUACGGGGACACAAGAUGGGGAACCACAAAUUAUCAGAUACGAAGCAGACAACUGACAAUGGACAUGGAAGAAACGGCUAUUUUCUACAACGAAAAGGUGUCAUUUGACAAUUCACAAAUAUAAGGUUUUGGAUGGGUAGACUUUGCUGUGUAAAUAAACAAGUGUUUGUAUUUUUUAAAGUUGUAUUUACAUAUUAAGAAAACUAAUGUGAUAUUUUCUAUUGUGAAUAUCGUUUUCUGCAUUAAUGUGAGUAAAUAUAAGCUGUAUUCUUCCUUAGAUUAUUUGACAGUUUAUGAAAAAAAAAUCAGUUUUACAAACAUGUAAUUACGAUUUUAGACUUGCACUGUUUACCAGGUGUGUACAGACAGUGUUUAUUUAUUACACUAAGUGUUUAUUUAUUACACUUAAGUACCAUUUGGUGGGGAAUUUGUGCUUUAUUCAAGUUCAUUUGACCAGUGAAAAAUGAAUAAUGUACAAUUUCCCUAAAUAAUACUUGAAAUAGAGAGUAAGUCUAUCAGUAUGACUCGUAUUGACAUAUUUAUACUUAAUUUGAAAAUAGAAACAAUGCUAAACUAACAAAUUAUAAUCAUACUCCUGUGAAUUUUGCUGACUUUUUAUUAAG